GCUUCUUCAUGUAGAACGCAUGAUGCUUCCUUCCUCGGUCGAAGUACUGUAGAAGGUUUCCCCAUACCUACAGGAUUCGUUGUCACGAUGGCUAUACAGUCAUUCAAGAACGUCCUACCGGACGACGACGAGCGGCACCGGUCCCAGCAGUACCCGCUGUUGAAUGGAGAUCUCGAAGACGAAGAAUUCGGCGGCGCGUGCCAGGCUUCAUCAAACGACCAAAGGCGACGACGUACUCUACUCGCCAAAGCAUUGGCAGUUUUUUAUUUGAUACAACAAUACCUGAAACCACGACGGUCACUUCUAGACAGCUCUUCACAACAACAAGCAUCUCUCCUUGCGUUUUCUACCGGAGACAGCAAAACCGGUUCGAUCCUGAGGGCGGCCUGGGUGGCCGUCCGCCCCACCAUCCUGUGUCCGACGACGACGACAAAUCGCAAAGUCCACGCGACGGCGUGGUUGGACGGCCUCCGAGGCAUCGCGUGCUUCACCGUCGUCUUCUACCACAACUCCCUCUUGUUGUACCCGGGCCACUGCGCGGCGUGGCAGAGUUCGGACUCGCGCCUGUUCCGCCUCCCCGUCCUCCGCCUCCCCUGCACGGGUCCGGCGAUGGUGGACAUUUUUUUCGUCAUAUCCGGCUACGCCCUGAGCUGCCGGCCCUUGUCGCUCACGCGGACGGCCGACUUCACCCGGUUUUCCGAGUCCCUCUCGUCGGCCCUCUUCCGACGCGGCAUCCGACUCUACGCGCCCGUGGUUUUCCUGACCCUCCUCAACGCCGUGCUGAGUUACCUCAAGCUGUUUGACCCCGAGGGCGCCGACCACGUCCCCUACGACGGCACCGUGGCCGCGACCCUGUGGCACUGGCUGGACGACCUGUUGACGGGCCUGAACCCGCUCAACCUCGACCGGUACCACUCCUGGAACAUCAAGGGCCUACGGUACGCCAUCGGCAUGUGGACCAUCCCCUUUGAGUAUCGAGGGUCGAUCAUCGUCUUCGUGGUCCUCCUGGCCCUGGGCAGGACUCGUCCGCCCCUGAGGUUCGCCGUCAUAGCGUCGCUCGUCCUAUACUGCGUCGCUCAAGGACAGUGGGACGUGUUUUUGUUUCUCUCGGGACCCCUGUGCUGCGACCUUCACCAUUAUCUUGAAAACCGAACGAUGCCACAAUCCACGUCCACGUCCGCUUCGACUUCUGCCAACAGCUCCGGUGUUGUCGGUUUGUCGAGCGAGAAACCACAAAAUCCUCGUCAGCGUACGAAUCUGAUUGCCUUGACACUGAAACGCGUCGCUCUCAUCUCAGGCCUCGUCGCGAUCCUCGCCGUCGUCACCAUGCCCGAGUACCCUCACAUGGGGGACGUGCGGCUGUACACCACCAUCAAGUCUUUCGACCCCAGCAGCUGGGACAAACUCCCGAGCGUCGGCCGGUUCCCGGUCUGCGUCGCCUCGGUGGUUCUGGUGUUUUACACGGGUCAAACACGAAUGCUUCGGAGGUUCCUGUCCACCCCUUUUCCGCAGUACCUCGGGGAGAACUCUUUCGGAAUCUACCUCAUGCACGUCACCUUGAUCAACAGCAUAGGAAGGCCAUUGAUGCGUUUUCUCUCUCGAAUUCCCUCCCACGUCGGUCUCAGACCGGAAGGCCAAGUCGGUUCUUGGUUGGUGUUUUUGCUCUACGCCGCCAUCGCCAUCCCCACCUUGUUCUGGAUCAGUGAGUUGGUCACGCGGUACGUCGACAAGAAGAGCGUCCAGUUGGCCAGGUGGUUGGAGCAAAAGUGUAUGAUGAAGACGGCCUGAUCGGCUUUUUUCUCUCCUUGGUACUCUCGCUCCACAGAGCAAAAUGUUUUUGCAUGCAUAGCCAUCUUUUUCCUAUUCGUACC